UGAAAGUCUGGCCGCUAAAGAAAACUUCGUCUGGUUCCGCACUGAAACAAGCCCUUUGGAGAAACGGUAGCACUCGUCGCAUUUGCAUUUGUUUUCUGAAGUUUCGAUUUUGAUCACAGCAACAAACCAACACGCUGAUGGUGUUCGUUUUAUCCAGUUGGGCGAUGUUUGCCACAGCUACUAGAAACUUUGUGGCGGAGGUGGAUCAUGGGGGAUUGCUGAUCCCGGUGUCCAGCCUGAAUGACACUAUCACUCUCCUGACAGUGGUCGUAAAACGAAAACGUUUCUGGCUCUGGCAGAAGCCCAAGUAUCUUACCACUGAUUUUAACCUCAAUGAUAUACUAAAAGGAGACACUCCUAUACAGCCAGAUACCAAAGAGACAGACUUUAUCAAAUAUAAUGGUACAUAUGGUGACAACAUUCAGGGAUCUAUGAACGCAAAUUUUGUCCACUCCAAUGUGAGCCUGGAGGCUAAAGACUCUUCCAAACUCCAGUCAUCCUUUGGUGGUUUGAAAAAAGAGGAAGUGAAUGUGCAGAAAUUGCUGCAAGACUCCAAAGGCAGGGUCUUGGACAUGUCCCACUGCCUGAUCCAGCAGGCAAAGGAGAAGCACAGACGGGUAUUUGGGAUUGUGAAGGAGCGUAUCGUGACCACUAACCCCUGUUCGGUCAUAGAGGAGGUGCAGCAGGGCGGACAGUGUGGAGGAAGACUGAGCCUCUGUGGGCCCAAGAACCCUAAGGUUUCACUGAAAGAGAAUGGGAGCCUGAGUACAGACAGUAAUGUUACCGUGGAGAUUCCCACCCAUACUACCAUUGCCUAUGGCCUCAUAGAACUAGAGGUCAAACACGAUGGAAGCUACAAGUUGUGUCUGAUGUCAGACACCAUGGGAGGUUUUGAAGUAGACAGCUUUGCUCACAAAGGACCGGUGGAUGUCUCGGGAGCUCUUGCACACAAAAAUAACCACCUUCGACAAGACCUGGAGCAACUUAAUGAUCAUUUCCAGCUGCUUUCAUCUCUUCCUGUCACCACAAGGUCCUCUCUGUUCCAGCAAUUCACAGAAGUUAUGCAGGACCAAACGGCCGUCAGUGCACUUCAGAAUGUACUGGACCAGAUGUGCCUGGAUAAGAGUCUUCCACAGGGUGAUACUACAACCACAGAACCUCAAAAACAGAACAUCCAAGCAAUUCUGGAUCUUGUGGAGCAAUCUGGUCAAGUGGGGUUAGCUCAGACAGGCCAGUCCACAUCAGUCCUCACAGCCAUUCACCUCAUUAGCAGUGCUUUGGAUGAGAUGACAAAUGAUUGUCUUGCUGUCUUGGGAAUCUGCUGCAAUCACACAAUGUUACAGACAAUGGAGCUACUGGUGCAGUGUGUAUCAGAAAAGGGGGAACUGUCUCUGAGCCGUGCAGGGCAGGCUGCACUGACAGAGGACGUCUUUGAAAAGGCUGAACAUCUUUUUGCCACCUCUAAUGUGUCCCUGAAGAGAGACGGGGACACAGUGAAGACAGAAAUAAACCAAGAGCCAGGAAACCUUCCUCUGGCCUUGUGCAUCGCUGUCAGAGGUCUCGGCUCCUUAGUCUGCUGUGUUUGAACUGAAGAUGCCUUUAUAUCCACCAGAAACCUUAAAUACUGGAAUGAGGUAAAGGGAAUCACAUAUAUCAAGUGUUAUUUAUCUUUUUUUUUGGUUUGUUUGUGGGGGUUUUUUGGUGUUGCAAAAUAUUGUUUAAAACACUAUUGCAUUUUACUGUAAUUACAUAAAUUUACUGGUGGUGGAACAGUUAGUGCUUUAGUCAGUGAACUGACAAUCGGUCAGUGGCAAAUCCUCUAAGAUUUUGACAAGCAAUUCCUUUAGGUCACAGACUUUGUUGGGCAAAACAACUCUAGCCACUGGGAUAUUGUGAAGGACACUUUUCACUGAUUUCUGAUUUUAUAGAAAAAACGAUUGAUUAAAAAUUUUAAAUAAC